GUCACUUCUCCCGAGAGUUGAGAGCGGACGCUGCAGAAGACUGUGCCCUCUCCGGGUGAAUUCACACCUGAGCCCAUUGUGGUGGCAUGAGGACGGGGGCAGCAGGCAGGGCACAGGGACCGCCAGCUCUGCCCGGCAGGGACUUCAUACAAAGGACUGAGAAAGUAACCGAGAGGCUCCUGUUCACACUGCACAGGACUGAUCUCCGGGCUGCAGGGACUUGUCCUAAAGAGAUCCCAUAGCUUUGGAUUUAUCUGUCCCAAGGACUAGAGGACUAGAUCUGGGGAUCCCCUGGUUGUAGGUUCUCCUGGCUUGAACUUUCUCUGAGGAAUCUUCUGGUUUUUGGAUUUACUCUAAGGGAUGUCCUGUGGGAUCCAGCUCAGAUCUUAUGGGCACAGAGAGCCCGUGUCAGAGACUGUUCUGGUUUCUCCCUGCUCUCCUGGACAUUUGCACUGUGCAUCGGUGUGACCCGGCGCUAUGCAUCCCGGACCGUGGCAUCCUCUGCUUUGUCUCUCUCUUUUCCUGCUCUUCACAAGGGCCAAUUCAGAUGUGACGCCUCGCUUUCUAUCUGAGCCCCUUUCUACUGUCCAGAAGCCGGGGGGAAAGGUGACAUUGUUAUGUUCUGCGGAGUCACCCCGGGCGCAGAUCUCAUGGUUAUUUAAUGGAGAGUUGUUGGAUAGAAGACAAAGUCAUGAUGUGGACGUACAUACUGGGCACCUGACCAUACCAGCUCUUGCUCCCCAGCACGUUGGGCAGUAUCAGUGCAUGAUGGAAUCCAGCGCUGGGUCUAUAAUAAGUGCUCCUGCUGCUGUGUCUAUGGCAUAUUUGGAAGAGUUUACAAACUCCUCAAAAGUCACAAUAAUGGCUGAAGAAGGGAGCAGUGUGAUCCUGAACUGCAGCGCUCCCCAUAGUGUCCCUCCUGCUCAGAUCCAUUAUAAAGUCAAAGGGAAAUGGUUGGACCACUCAACAGAUAAGUACCUGAUAUUACCCUCAGGAAAUUUGCAAAUUUUAAAUGUUUCCUUGGAGGACCGAGGACCCUAUAGAUGUGCAGCCUAUAAUCCAAUGACUCAUGAGAAGAAAAUCAGCUCCUCAGUCUAUAAGCUGUCUAUUAGUGGUCAGUCUCAUGAUGAAGUUGGUGUCGUACAACCGGUCAUCACACAUAAGUUGUCCAUACACCGUCACGACUCGGUGACUCUGGAAUGUGCGGGUGGCGGACUGGACGAUUCCCUUGUUCACUGGCAUAAAGAUGGACGUGAUGUUAUGGCAGAUGGACAGAGGAAGCUGUGGUACACCCAUCUAGUGAUUGAAGAUGUGGAAGCCAUGGAUGGGGGUAACUACUCCUGUCAGCUGGGACAUGGACCUCUGGAAAUCAUUCUUGUCAAUUAUACAGUCACAGUAAUAGAACUUCCGUAUAUUUCCCUCCCUCCUGAGGACCAGACUGUGGCGCCGGGUGGCGACGCCAGCUUUAUCUGUGAGGCGCAGGGUAACCCACCUCCUAAUGUCACCUGGCUGCACAACGCCAAAAUGGUUUCCCCUUCCUCGCGCCUUCGACUGGUGCUGGGGGGCAAACUUUACAUCUCUAAUGUGAUGGCGGAGGAUUCUGGGAUGUACCAGUGUAUGGCGGAUAAUGGCGUAGGGGUGGUACUGUCCGCAGCAAGACUCCGGCUACAGUCAGAAUCUGGCUCUAAACCCACCAUUGUGUCGCCUCCUACGAGUGUCAGCAUUGUGAACGGAGACUGGGUAACCCUGACCUGCAACGCCACCGGUCACCCCACGCCCUUCAUCCGCUGGUUCGACAGCAACGGAGCGAUCAGCAGUCACCCAUCCCAGAUCCUGCGUCCUAAACCCCGCAAGGCGUCGCAGUCCAGGGCCGCAGCCAGUGCCGGUCAGGACCCUGUACACGUCAUCAUGUCUCAGGCUGGAUCCAGCUCCUUGUAUAUUCCGGCGGUCACAGUGCAGCAUGCUGGGAAAUACAUCUGCGAGGCAUCCAAUCAGUAUGGCUGGACCCAGGCAGAAGCCACGCUGACCGUCGUUCCCUAUGAGAUGAGCACAGUACGUUCGGGUGCUGCCCCCUCUAGUGUCACCUGGAGCACCGAAGACCCUGUCCCGGCCAGCAUUGCCCCUACAGACAAGCCUAUCAAUGGCGCCAUGUUACCUGAAGCUCCCAUCAUCCUCAGCCCGCCACAGGCCACCAAGCCGGAUAUGUAUUUCUUGGUGUGGAGAUCAGGGCGGGAUGGCGGUCUACCAAUUAACGCAUACUUUGUGCGCUACCGAAAGUUGGAUGAUGAUGGAAAUGUGGUGGGACCUUGGAACUCUGUACGUGUGCCGGCCAGCGAGAACGAAUUUCAUCUUAAAGAACUAGAACCAUCCAGUCUAUACGAGGUGCUCAUGGUGGCCAGGAACACAGCGGGCGAGGGGCAACCUGCUAUGCUUACAUUUCGAACCAGCAAAGAGAGGAGCUCGUCUUCCAAGAACACCCAGGCUCCAUCCCCCCCUGUUGGCGGACGUAAGCAAUUCAAUCCCAACUCUGGGCUGGUGCCGCCAGACUCUUUCCGACACAGCAGUGUUCCUGAAGCCCCCGACCGUCCCACCAUCUCCACUGCAUCUCAGACAUCUGUAUAUGUGACGUGGAUUCCAAGAGCAAACGGAGGCUCUCCGAUAACCUCCUUCAAAGUGGAGUAUAAGAAGGCAUCAGAGAAGGACUGGAUGAUGGCUGCAGAGAACAUCCCCCCGUCUAAGCUGUCGGUGGAGGUCUCCAGCCUGGAGCCAGGAGCCAUGUAUAAAUUUCGGGUCAUUGCCAUUAAUACAUAUGGGGAGAGCCGGCGCAGCGCAGUGUCUCGACCUUAUCUAGUGGUCGGAUACAGUAGCCCCCUUCCCAAUCCGCUUAUUGUCGGCCCUCGUAUUGACCACACGGAGGCCUUGACCGACACUGACAUCAUACUGAAGUGGACGUACAUUCCUUCAAACAAUAACAACACCCCGAUUCAAGGCUUCUACAUCUACUACCGCCCCACGGACAGCGACAAUGACAGUGACUACAAGAGGGAUGUGGUGGAAGGAACAAAGCAUGAACACCGGAUCAGUCAUCUGCAGCCAGAGACCUCGUAUGAUAUCAAAAUGCAAUGCUUCAACGAGCGGGGAGCAAGUGACUACAGUAAUGUCAUGAUGUGCGAGACUAAGGCCCGCAGGAGCCCUGGAGCCUCGGAGUACCCUGUGUUGGAGCCCAGUACACCAGCUGUAGUAGAACGAGGACCUGGGAGCUCCAGCUCAUCCAGUACACUGGCACGGAGCGGAGACAUGCUUUAUGUGAUCGUAGGGUGUGUGUUAGGUGGGAUGGUCCUGAUCCUGAUGACCUUCAUUGCCAUAUGUCUCCUGAAGCACCGUCAGCAGAGUCUCCUGCACAAAUUUGAGCCUCCUGGUUACCUCUACCAAGGGUCAGAUCUCAAUGGCCAGAUGAUUGAAUACACUACCUUGCCAGGAACAAGCCUGAUAAAUGGGAACAUUCAUGGAGGAUACAUGGGAAAUGGGACAAUCACCAACGGCUGCCCCCACAUGCACCACAGUGUCCAUAAUGGAAUGAACGGCAUCCUAAAUGGAGAAUUAUAUCCCACCUGUCCUAAUUCUCUUAAGGGAACUUGUCCUGACUAUGAGCACUUACCACAUAGUGUCUCCAAUGGCGGUGUUUUAUAUUCAUCUGUACCCCAGGUGGACCUAUCAGAGUGCCGCAACUGCAGAAACUGCUGCAACAAUAACAGGUGUUUUAACAAAAUCAAUGACUCUUACAGCAGCAAUGGUACAGCCAGGGCUCCAUACCAAGAGGAGAGCCAGGAAACCAAAGCCCCUGGUCCGGAGUCGGCGCCCAUGAACUUGUCUGGAGAACCCGAGAGUGGCCCAGAAUCCGAGGUGCAACUCAAAGAACAGGGUGUACAGACUCUGCCACAUUCCUCACACUACGAGGUGGAGGACACAGAAGAAGAGAUGCAUGAAGGUGAUGGUUGCUCCAGUACAAAAGAAGAUGGCGUCACCAUAUCCACAACUCCUACUGCCCUUCCCAUUGUUUUAAACAGCUGUGAUGAGAACAAAACUCGGACGUUAGACAACGACCUUCACCGGUCGGUAUCGGAAGCAUGAAUGAAAACUUAAAAAGGACCGUACUUUUCUAUAAGGACCGGCAUCACAUGACUGCCGACAAGACGGCAACGUAACCUAUUACGCGUAACAUAGUUGUGCUUGGAGUCAAUCAGUCAUGUGAUCACAUGUGUCAACACUGUACCACCGUCUGAAUACCAGUCACAGGGUAAAAAUGAGAUCCACUAUCUCCCAUUUGGUGCAGGCGGCCAUAUUGUUGCCUUCACCAGGUUGAUCCUCUCGGUGCAUCGCAAAUGUCCGGAAAAAAAAAAAAGAGCAAUUCCAGUCAUAUUUAUUUUAACCUCCGAAAUGCCUGCAAUCAUUCCCAUGGUGAUAAAUACCUUCCUGGGGUGGUGCCCAGAUUUAAUCCUUUAUGGUGGGAGGCGCUUUUAUCUGUGCUCACAGUCGCCCCCUAUUGAGAAAUGCACUUUGUAUGAACUGCCAGGAGGCGUUGGGAAGGGACGUAAUGACUGCGCGGAGCGGGUUUUUGAUAAAGAAAAUUGCGUCGUCGGAAAGAAGCAACCACUUAUCUAAGCGGAAAAUCUGUGCUAGAGCAGCACUGGGUGCGAGUAUACUGCCCCACAUGGACCAGAAAAGAACUGCACCUCCAUUGACAAAAAAAUAUUAAUUUGAACCAAUGGUUGACUGGAAUUGCUCUUUAGUUCUGUGCUGAGUCCAUUUCUACCAAACCGCAGACUAUAUGGACACCGCGCUGUGCAUACGCCAAGUAUAGGGUCCCGUACACAUGGCAAACACUGUUGGCAAAGAAUAGUUUGUCGCACUUUCCAGCGGGAUACAGUGAGAGUCAAUGGCUGACGUAUGUCUAUACGGUGGAAAACAUUACAGCCUUCCAUUAACCCCGUCUGGAGCGAAUAUCUGACAUUAUAAAUAUUAAAUUAUAAUCUGUCUCCUGACUUUUGGUAAAAACCAAUCACGACAGAUUUAUUUGAAUAAUACCCCCCCCCCCCCCCAUACAGUUGGAAGGGUUUUACUAGAAUAGUCUGUAAAACCGUGUUUCCCAACCAUGGUGCC